UUUUUAACAAACUUUAUUUGUAAGACUGGGUAUCUUACAUGUCAAACCGUUUGUGCAACUAUAAACCUGAUUAUUUGAAACGAGCGGGUCUGGCAACCCGCUGGUGUAGCGCUGAAAAACGAGCCCCCUGCUGCUGGAAGCUAGGUUCAAAUCGCUUGUUUGCGCUAAUACAUCGAUCUAAUCAUAAGGUGACAAACGUGUGACAGUUUUUUGGACAAAAUCAUACAAAGUUAUCUCAUCAUUGUUAAACUUAUUUAGCUGGAAAUGCGUUUCCAGUAACGAGGGACUUUACACGGCAAGGACACCAUUUUCGGCACAACACCAUCCCCUCCUCCAUCCUGGCACUUCGCUUCAUCCUGGUACCUUGAAAGUCCCCGGACCAAAAACAGGAAUCCCUACACCCCCAGCAGGUCCCUGAGGUCCAGUGACCAAAGCCUACUGGUUGUGCAGCACCAGGCUAAAGGUCAAAGGUGACAGAUCAUCUGCUGCUGUGGCCCCCAGACUCUGGACCUCUCUCACCCUGAGCCGGAGAUCAGUGGACUCAGUGGUCUCCUUUAAACUCACCUGUUCAGGCUCUGGACCAGGAUGAGCUCAGAGGCAGAAGAGGACGCUGCAGCGGUAGGAAACGAGAAAUCGGUCACGUUAACGCAGGACAGUGAUGGAAGCGUUGUGCUGCACUGUCCUCCACACGAUGAGGAUUCAGAGCCUGAUCGGAAGAAGCUGCGACUCUCCAGAGAGGAAAACUCUGACUCGACUCGUUUCUCCGUUGUCACGCUGCCCGGUUCUGAGAGUGACGAGAGCUUCGAGGUGACGAUGACGGCGACAGCCGAAGGAGAUCUGUCUGAAGACGGCGUCGCUCAGAUUGAGAUUCUACCCGAAGACCAGAAGGCCGACGUUUCUCCUGUCAGUCAGGCCUGGUUCACUACUAAAGAGGAUAAAGACACACUGACCAACAAAGGCCACAAGUGGAAACAGGGAAUGUGGUCCAAGGAGGAGAUCGACAUCUUGAUGAGUAACAUCGACGGAUACGUGAAGGGCCGUGGCAUCGAGGAUCCAGCAGAGAUCAUCUUUGAGAUGUCCAAAGAGGACAGGAAGGACUUUUAUCGCUCUGUGGCGUUGGGGCUAAACAGGCCGCUGUUCGCCGUCUACCGGCGAGUUCUACGGAUGUACGACAACCGAAACCACGUCGGGAAGUACACUCCGGACGAGAUCGAGCAGCUGAGGGCUCUGAGGGAGAAGCACGGGAACGACUGGGCGACGAUCGGAGCGGCGCUCGGCCGCAGCGCCUCGUCUGUGAAAGACCGAUGUCGGCUGAUGAAGGACACGUGUAACAAAGGCAAAUGGAGCGAGGAGGAGGAGAAGCGCCUGGCGGAGGUCGUGUACGAGAUGGCGGGCGUGUCUCCCGGGUUGGCGGUCACGGGAGGGGUGUCCUGGGCGACGGUCGCCGAUCGAGUUCGCACGCGCUCAGAGAAACAGUGUCGCUCAAAAUGGCUAAACUACCUGAACUGGAAACACAGCGGAGGGGCCGAGUGGACAAAGGAGGACGAUCUGAACCUGCUGCGCAGGAUAUCGACGCUGAAAGUCGAGGAUGAGAAUGAAAUCAAGUGGGAGGAUCUGGCGUGGGGGUGGAGCAGCGUCCGGUCACCUCAGUGGCUUCGGUCCAAGUGGUGGAGCAUCAAGAGACAAGUCACCAAUCACAAGGAGAUCCCUUACGCUGUCCUCCUGAAGGGCCUGGAGGAGCUGAUGACAUCAUCACAGACAGCAUCCGUCCCCACAAGCCCCGCCUCUUCCUCGCUCCAGAUCCGACUCACCCGAUUGGACGAGGGCAACGGGAGUAUGUCCACCCCCAGCUCCGUUUCGGCGCUGCAGAUACCUGUGCAGAUCCCGCUGCAGAUCACUCAUCUGGCUUCAGAUUCUCCUGCAGCCGCCGACGGUGACACCAUCACUCUGAACGCCGGAGCGCUGCAGACAUUCGAGAUCCUGCCGUCCUUCCACCUGCAGCCCACCAGCACCCCAGGGACCUACUUCCUCCAGACCACAUCGAACCAGAGCCUCCCUAUCAGUUUAGCCAAUAACAGCACGGUAACCUUAACAACAGGCUCCUCCCCCUCUCCACAUGAGCACAUCAUCCUGCACAGCCUAUCGACCGAUGGCCUCUGCUCUGGCGAUGGCGUCAUCAUCCAAACCGUCUCCUCUGACUCUGCCUCCUCCGAACCACAGCUUGUGAUAGAGACAGAGGAGCGGAGCCAGCUUCUGGAAGGUUCGGUUGUCAUGGAAACCCAGGAGCCAGAAACCGAAGGUUUUAACAGCAAGGGUCCACCGUCCUCCUCGGAUCAGGGUGCACUGGUGCAUUCUGGGAUAGCAUCAGGCAGCGCUGUGCUCACCGUGUCUCCUCCCAACAUCAGCAGUACCCUGACAGAUCCCAUCUUCGAGAACCAGGAAGGUUCUGACUGAAGCAGGCUGGCCGCCAGGGGGCGCUACCUCUGACAGCCUGGGCCCGCGCUGCAGGACCAUUUAAAACGUAAACGGCCCGUUUGAGACUCGGAUCUGAAUCCCUGGAUAAAAUGUGAACACAGUGGAGCGGAGAGUUCUGUUCCGACUGAAUCCCGUUCUUUAGCGGGGGAAAUGUUUUUACAAGCUUCUGUUUUCUGCUCAAACUAAAUCGGUGUGUUGAUGAGAAAGCGGUGGUAGUCAGAGCGGAUUUAGUCACAAACAUGUCGAAGUCAUAUUUCAUAUGAUUAUUUAUUUUAUUUCUCUGCACCUGAGCUCCAGAGACCCGUUUGUUAAAGGUGCAGUGUGUGAGAGCGAAGUCCGAUUUCUACAGUGAAAUGAUCCCAAAACAGUCUGAUGUCUCCCUCCUGUUGGAAGGAAGGUUGUCCUGAAACGGAUUUCCUUCUCAGCCGGCUGCGGCGGUUAUCAGUUGUGCUGCUUCCAAAGGAAGGAGCCUAGCUACUGUUUAUUAUGAGUGCGGGGUUGCUGUGUCUCCUGCGAGCUAACGCUGCAGCGCCACAUCUGUGAUUAGACUACGGCCGGCUAAGAGAACCCAGUCAACAGGAGCAACCCAGAAGUUAUUUUUUGUACCCUUAAGAAGCGACGGCAUCUUUUUGCUUUACUCUUAUUCCAGCCAACAAUGCUAAUGGUGAAUUAGAAGCAAAUACUCGGCUCUAAAAAUAUCUCAAGCUACUUUUUCAAUCACUAACGAGUGGAUAUUACAGUGAAGUGAAAAAUUAGUCAAUCGUGGCGUCUUACUUCCUUCGAUGAGUUGUUUUGGGCUGUAACGGCAAGCUAGCCAGACGGUAAAACACUUCCUCUAUCCCAGAGGCAUAUUACCACAAUAAGUGUAGUAAGUGCUCCCUACCGUAAAACACCCAAAAGUGUUAGCAGACCACGAUGACGAAUUUAUCUACUUUCAGUUUACUGUAUGACUCGUUUUCGCUUUUCAUGUAGCGUCUGCUGGUGCUGGUCUCUAACUGGCAACGGCCAUGAAACUCAGGACGGCAGUGAGUGUGAUUAGUAACCAGCAGGAUGUGAUUUUACUUAGUUCUUACAUGUUGCACCUUUAAUAACUGAGUUUAUCACAGACGGAUCAUCCUUUUAGGUUUAGUUAACACGAAGGAGAAACCCCAGCAGAUAGAUGUCAUUGCUUUUCUGGACCUUUUAGCCUGCUUCCUGUCACACAGGUCCUGGUGAUUCUCCCACCCCCACUGGUGUGGUAGUGAACAGGUCUGGGUGUGGCUGGUUAAACUGGUUAAUUUGUUUAGUAUGGAGGUGAUUUGUUCUCAGAUCGGCUGAAGAUUUAAUUUCAUUGUUGACAGAAGAAAUCUUUGAGGAAAGUAAACUUUUUCGCACAUCUGCAAUAAAAUGAGAAGAUACGAUUUUAA